AUGGCUCGCACCAAGCAGACUGCCCGUAAGUCCACUGGUGGCAAGGCUCCCCGUAAGCAGCUCGCCUCCAAGGCCGCCCGCAAGGCCGCCCCCUCCACCGGAGGUGUCAAGAAGCCCCACCGCUACAAGCCCGGUACCGUCGCUCUGCGUGAGAUCCGUCGCUACCAGAAGUCCACUGAGCUUCUGAUCCGCAAGCUUCCCUUCCAGCGUCUGGUUCGUGAGAUCGCACAGGACUUCAAGUCCGACCUGCGCUUCCAGUCCUCCGCCAUCGGUGCUCUUCAGGAGUCCGUUGAGGCCUACCUCGUCUCUCUCUUCGAGGACACCAACCUGUGUGCCAUCCACGCCAAGCGUGUCACCAUCCAGUCCAAGGACAUCCAGCUUGCCCGCCGCCUCCGCGGUGAGCGCUCUUAG